UACAUUAAAAUUAAGACUAUAGGCAGAUUCAUGUCUAGACUGAUUAGACUAUAAACCUUUCAAAGCAUUUUUUGUUGUUGUUGUUGUAUUUGACUCAAAGUGAAUGACUUGACUGUUUGUUCUAUGCAAAGGUUGUUGCCAACACAGUGGAAACCUCCGGUGGAAACAAGGCUGAAAUCAGGAACAGAACCCACCCACAACUACACUGCGCAACCAUCUUUAAACUCUUCCUGAUUCAAUCGCUUCCCUUCAACAUUCCCGAGCGUCAGAAACAAUCCCAAAGAUGAGUUAUCCUGGUUACCCUCCAUCCUGUGGCUACCCUACCCAGACAGGUGGCUACCCCCCACAACCAGGUGCAUAUCCCCCCCAAGCUGGAGGUUACCCGCCACAGGCUGGAGGCUACCCGCCUCAGGCUGGAGGCUACCCGCCACAGGCUGGAGGCUACCCGCCACAGGCUGGAGGCUACCCGCCUCAGGCCGGGGGCUACCCGCCCCAAGCCGGGGGUUACCCGCCCCAAGCCGGGGGCUAUCCUUCCCAGCAGGCUGGUGGUUACCCUCAACCAGGUGGAGGUUUCCCUCAGGGGGGAGGCUUCCCUCCCCAGGCCGGAGGCUAUCCUUCCAUGCCUCCAGCACAAGGUGGUUGGGGUGGAGCCCCUGCUGGUGGAAUGCCAGGCGGAGGUAUGCCCCAGGGGUACCCAGGCUGUCCUGCCCCAGGUCAACCCCAGGGGUACCCAGGCUGUCCUGCCCCAGGUCAACCUCAGGGGUACCCAGGCGGUCCUGCCCCAGGUCAACCCCAGGGGUACCCGGGCGGUCCUGCCCCAGGACAGCAGCCCAUGCCUGGCUACCCUGGUGGUGCCCCUUCCAUUCCAGGAUACCCUGGUGGUGCCCCUUCCAUUCCAGGAUAUGUUCCUGCUACUCCUUAUUCACCUGCCAUCAACAGAGGCUAUAGGGGUGUUAUUAAGGACUAUCCAGGCGCUGACCCUCUGAGGGAUGUGGAAGUCCUCCGCAAGGCCAUGAAGGGCUUUGGCACGGAUGAGGCAGCUAUAAUUGAGAUUCUCGGGAGCCGCUCAAACAAGCAGAGGGUUCCAAUGGUUGCAGCCUACAAAACCACUUAUGGGAAGGAUUUAUUCCAUGAUCUAAAGUCUGAGCUGACUGGGAACUUUGAGAAGCUGGCUAUUGCCAUGUUGCAGACGCCAGCCAAGUUUGAUACAUCUCAACUCAAAGAAGCCAUAGUGGGUGCCGGUACUGAUGAAGCCUGUCUGAUUGAGAUCCUAUCGUCUCGCUCCAAUGCAGAAAUCAGAGAAAUUAAUCAAAUUUACAAAAACGAGUAUGGUAAGAAACUGGAGGAUGCCAUCAUUAAUGACACAUCAGGACACUUCCGUAGACUCCUCGUCUCCCUCUGUCAGGGAAAUCGAGACGAGAGGGAACAAGUGGACAUCAACAUGGCCAAACAGGAUGCUCAGAAACUGUAUGCUGCCGGGGAGAACAAAGUGGGGACGGAUGAGUCCCAGUUCAACGCCAUACUGUGUUCCAGGAGCAGACCCCACCUGAGAGCAGUGUUCAAUGAGUACCAGCAGAUGAGUGGUAGAGACAUUGUGAAGAGCAUCUGCAGGGAGAUGUCUGGAAACGUGGAGGACGGCAUGGUGGCUGUGGUGAAAUGCAUCAGGAACACUCCUGAAUACUUUGCAGAGAGGCUUCACAAGUCUAUGGCGGGGGCUGGGACCAAGGACAGGACUCUGAUUCGGGUCAUGGUGACUCGCUCCGAGGUAGACAUGCUGGACAUCAGACAGGCAUACCAGAAGACGUACGGGAAAUCACUGUACACCGCCAUCUCUGGUGAUACCUCUGGGGACUACCAGAAGCUGCUGCUGAAGCUGUGUGGAGGAAGUGAUUAGAGAGAUAUGAAGGAAUCCCAUAUAUCAAUCAGGAUAGUGACGCCAUAGAAUGAGAACCAUAGAAUCAGAAUGAGAACCAUAGAAUCAGAAUGAGAACCAUAGAAUCAGAAUGAGAACCAUAGAAUCAGAAUGAGAACCAUAGAAUCAGAAUGAGAACCAUAGAAUCAGAACGAGAACCAUAGAAUCAGAACGAGAACCAUAGAAUCAGAACCAUAGAAUCAGAAUGAGAACCAUAGAAUCAUAAGUGCUAUGGCCGUUCUACUCAUUCUAAUUCUAUAAGUGUAGUAGUCCAUGAGAAUGUAACAGACAGGAUCCUAUAUCAACCUGUGAUGUAUGUAGUUUUUUUUGCCAACUUUGUGUCUCGCGCCAUAAUGUGCUGGGUGACGUAUGUAGGAUAAUGACUUUAUUUGCUGCAUAUGUAAUCCAUUAUUGUUAUUAUAUAGUCUUGAUUAAUUUACAAAUGUUUUUAUUUUAUCGUGAUAUGUGUAAUCAUAUUUCAUACGAUCAGGAUAAUGCCAUUUAAAAACAAUGCAGUACUAUAAUUGACAAAUUAUUAUAUUAGCUAACUGCCAAAUACUAAAUGUAUAUGAAUAUUUCUGGGUUUGUGUCAACACGUGCAAAUAUUUUAGGAUAUUUAGAUACUUAAGAUAUUUUUUAAAAGUUGGUUAUUAUAGCUUUAUUGCUGACUGCUAUAUUCUAUGCAAAUUAGAAACUUGUUUCAUUUCGAAUGAAAGCCAAUGAUAAUUAAAUAUCACCACACAACGCUGGUGUUUCUUUCUUCUCAUUGACACCUUCUAAUAAUGUAGGCCAUUUUCCAUGGCUUGUUUCCUAGAUAUAAACACAUUGUUGCCUUUUUUUAUGCUGCAGACCCAAAGCCGCUACGACAUGCAGCUCUCUCAAUGUUUUACCAUCUAUUUUGAAGGCUGUUUAGUUCCAUGCAAGUCAAUAUUUCUGUUUUUUUUCAUCUUUCACUGCUAUUUCUAAUAUAAUUUCAAUGUAGAGUCCUUGUACAACUAUUUGCCAAUACUUAAAAAUUGAAUUAUUUGUUGUCAAUAUUGUUUAAGGAUUUAUUCAUUGCAUAGGUAUAUACUGUAUAGCCAGCACACAUACUGUAUAGUAUAAUUUCAUGCCAGCAGAUGGCAGUUUGAACACAAUGGAUCCACUGAGGCAUUGUAAUUGGAAAAUGAUAUAAAUAUAUGCUAAUACCACAUUUGUAACUUAUCACAAUGGCCCAAAGGGCUGCCGUUAUCAUGUAACUAACGUUUACAAUCAUUUGGUUGUUGUAAUGUUCACCCACAGGCUUAUAAUGGUGUCCUUCCUGUCAAAAUAAAACGUUUUGACUGGCAAUGA